AUGACGGCAGAGCCUACCAUCACAUCCUCCAAAAGAACCAUCGUCAUUCUUGGAGGCUCAUAUGGCGGCGUUUCGACGGCCCAUUACCUCCUUAAGCAUGUCCUGCCUAAACUGCCCAACCAUGACGAGUACCAAGUCGCUCUCAUCAGCCCCUCGACCCAAGCUCUGUGUCGUCCAGCAUGUCCUCGGGCGCUGAUAUCCGACGAUAUGUUCCCCCAAGACAAGCUCUUCGUCGACAUCCUGACCGCAUUCACGUCGUACGCCAAGACCAACACGUUCCGGUUCGUUCAAGGGACCGCAACGUCGGUGAACCACGACGAGCGAACCGUGACCAUCGCCUUGGCAAGCGACCAUGGCGUCGAGACCUUGACCUAUCAUGCCCUCGUCAUCGCUACAGGGGCAUCGACGCCUUCGCCUCUCCUCGGUCUCAACCGCGACUCGGAGACCCUGAGGCAGAGCUGGGCCGAGUUUCGAAAGGCUCUGCCAAAAGCCAAGAGCAUCGUCAUCGCCGGCGGGGGCCCGGCGGGAGUCGAGACCGCAGGGGAGCUCGGCGAGCAUCUUAACGGUCGAGCUGGCUGGGCAAAGACCAAGCUGGAGAACCCGAGAACUUCCAUCACACUCGUGACCGCCGCGUCCCAAAUUCUCCCUGCCCUUCGCCCGAGCAUCGCGCAGAAAGCGGAGGAAUACCUCGCUCAAGUUGGAGUUACCAUCCUCAAGGGCGUUCGGGUCGAGACUGUUAGCCCGGCCUUGGCGGGAGUCGGUCAAGUCGCGGAGAACGCUGUCAUCACCCUCGAUAGUGGCAAGACGCUCGAGGCCGAUCUCUACAUCCCUGCGACGGGGACACGACCAAACACCGACUUCGUCGACGACAGCCUUCUCCUUCGCGACCGCAGGGUGGACACCAACCCCUCGACUCUUCGCGUCGACAAAGCUGGCGCCCGCGUCUACGCCAUUGGCGACGCUUCCUCCUUCGCCAGACCCGCCGUUCACAACAUCCUGAGCGCUGUCCCGGUCCUGUGCUUCAACAUCAGACGCGAUCUUCUCCUGGCGUCAGAGAGACCAGAGGCCGCGGCAGCGAAGGACAGGCUGUUCGCUGAGGACACCCGUGAGACCCAGCUGGUUCCGAUCGGGAGGAGCAAAGGCGUGGGCGCUGCGAUGGGGUACCGGCUACCCAGCUUCGGGGUUUGGAUGAUCAAGGGAAGGGAUUAUUGGUUGUGGACGACUGGUAGUCUUUGGAGCGGAAGCCAAUGGGUCAAGGAGUCGUGA